GUUUCCAAAAACAUUAAUCAACCAGAAAAAGAUCGUUCAUUGAAAAGAAAGAAACGUAGUAAGUUAAGUGAAGAUGAUGAAAUUUACAUUCAAUCAAUGACCGCAAUUAGUGAAAGUAAAAAAUUGUCUGCACAAACAAAACAACAACAAUAUGAUUUAGAAAAAGAAAAAUUGCAAUUUGAGCGUGAAAAAUUCGAUCAUCAAAAACAUAUUGAAUUAGAAAAUAUAAAAUUAGCAUUAGAAAAACAUAAAUUAGAACUAGAGUAUAAAAUGAAAUUGGAGUUAAGCGUUAAAGAGCUAGAAAUAAAGUAUAAGUAUAAUGUAGAGGUAAGAGAAAAUUCGUUGUAA